AUGCUGGGCUUCGGCUCCCGCUGCGGCGCCAUCGUCGGCCGGGCGGUCUUCGGGCUUCUGCUGCAGUACUACACGUGGCGCACGCUGGCCAAGGUCAUCUCCGGCGCGCUCUUCUUCGCGGCCAUCGCGACCGUCAUCCUCGUCAACGGGAAAUUGGCCGAGGCCGCAAAGACCAGGAAGCAGGUCGACUCCAGCGCCCCAAAGGCGAGCCUCGCAAGCAAGUUGACGAAGCUCGGGAAGGAGCCGGCCGUGUGGAUGCUGGCAACAGGCUUCUCGCUCCUGUGCUUCAUUAUGCAUGGCGACGACUUGAUGCCGCUCUUGUUCUACGGGCUGACGGGGAACCCCCUCAGCGUGACCUACUCUGCAAUUUUCCCGCUUGGCGGCAUUUGCGCCAUGAUUGCGAACGCCACCCAGUCGCACAAGAUCAAGUCCAAGGAGAAGAAGGAAUGGUUCUAUGUCUACCUCAGCAGCAUUGCCAUCGCUGCGUUUGCCGCGCUUUACUUCAUCACAUGCGCAGCCGGUUCAGGCAACGUGGCACUGCCAGUCGUCAUGGCCUUGAUCUGGAUUGCAGGCUUCACAGCAGCCCCACCAUACUACCAGCUGGCGAACAUCUUUGCGAUGGAAUACGGCGGCGAUGACAGCGCCACGCUUGUCAGCAUCUACGAGCUGGUGGCAUUCUUCACCAAGUCUCCAGUGCACUCUCAGAUCUUGAAGAUCGCUGACUCCGGAUGGGAAAACGUGGUGUUAAGCCUUUUUGUAAUCGCGCUGUGCGCAUUCUUCACCAUGUUCUUCUUCGUGCGCCGUUGGCACAAGGUGCUGCGCAAGAAGAACGAUUACGACGUGAAUCAGUAUGCUGCGGUCGGCAACAAGCAGCCAAUCGCCCGCGGUGUGACGCCGUAG